UGGCAGACGCGUGGCUGAAGUGCACCCUUGCGCCUUAAUUAAACCACACCUCGACGUUGCAGACAGUUAGCAGCAUCGCGCAUUGCUGUGUGACUUGCCCGAGAAUGUCAUUGCCACGCCAUUCCCACCUCGGACGUAUCGACUCCGGAUGAGCGCCCGUGAGGCGCAACACCGCCAGCACCAUGCCGUACAACAUCGCCAUGGUCUCGGACUUUUUCUUCCCUCAGCCUGGUGGUGUGGAAAGUCAUAUAUAUCAACUUUCUUCUAAACUCAUUGACCGAGGACACCGAGUGGUCAUCAUCACCCACGCCUAUGGCUCCCCGUAUCCCAACCGAACGGGAAUUCGCUACCUCACGAACCGACUAAAGGUCUACCACAUCCCGCACUGGGUGGUGUAUCGCUCAACCACCUUUCCCACCGUCUUCUCAUCAUUCCCCAUCUUGCGGCAGAUCUUCAUUCGCGAGCAGAUUCAGAUUGUUCACGGCCACGCCUCUCUCAGCAAUCUCUGCCAUGAAGGUCUCCUACAUGCCCGGACCAUGGGCCUUCAUACGGUCUUCACCGACCAUAGUCUGUUCGGAUUCAGUGACGCCGGAAGCAUCAUGGCCAACAAGCUGCUGAAAUUCAGCCUGAGCGAUGUUGGCCAUGUUGUCUGUGUCUCGCAUACUUGCAAAGAGAACACGACUCUGCGGGCAUCACUGAACCCACUCGCAGUCUCGGUUAUCCCCAACGCCGUCGUACCCAGCAGCUUCCAGCCGCUCCAACCGCACGAAGCAAAGGCAUCCCAUCUCCCCGGCGACAAAAGCGGCCUGCUACCUCCACCUCCCGACCCAAGUCAGCCCAUCGGACCCGGAGAUCCACUGACAUGCAUCGUCAUCUCACGCCUCUUCUACAACAAAGGCACCGACCUGCUCAUCUCCGCACUCCCAAUCAUGCUGCGCCGGCAUGAGAAUCUCCGCUUCAUCAUCGCAGGCUCGGGCCCCAAAGCCAUCGACCUGGAGCAAAUGCUCGACUCUCUCCCCCAGCAACUGCUCUACACCGCCUCCGGGCAGAGCCGCGUGGUCCUCUUAGGCAGCAUCCGCCACGAAGAAGUCCGCGACGUGAUGGUGCGCGGCCAUCUCCUACUCUCCACCUCCCUCACCGAAGCCUUCGGCACAGUGCUCGUAGAAGCAGCAAGCUGCGGCCUGAUGGUCGUUGCAACGCGCGUCGGCGGCGUGCCCGAAGUCCUCCCCAACAACAUGACCGUCUUCGUCUUCCCCGAAGUCGAAGACGUCGUCCGCGGCGUCACAGAAGCCAUUCGCCAGCUCACGAGCAAAACCGUGCACCGCGGCAAAUUCCACGACUUCGUCAAGAACAUGUACAGCUGGUCGGACAUCGCGCGACGCACGGAGCGCGUCUACGACCUCAUCACCGGUGCUCCCUCUGCUUCGGAUAACGAAGGAUACUACGAUGAAGAGUGGGUGAACUACGGCCAGCCCGCACAACCCCAUUCCUUUGCACUGAUGGACCGCCUGAAGCGGUACUUUGGCUGCGGCAUUUGGGCGGGGAAGUUGUUCGUGAUUGUGGUGGUGGUCGACUACCUGAUUUACUGCUUCCUGGAGCUCAUGUACCCGAGAGACAAGAUUGAUAUUUGCAAAGCGUGGCCUGCCAUGCCUACGCAGGACUUUGCUGGCGCGGAGGAGCACGAAGCGAAUGGAGGGGUUGAUGUGUAUGAUGGUGUGGAGAUAAAGCAUCGGAGGAGGCUAGUGGACUACUCGGGCGUGAUUGAGACAUGACGAGUGUGAGAUAAUGAGGACUGGU